AAUUCUGUCAACGUCGACCAGUGAAAGUGAUUAUUGACGAACUGAAGAGAAAUUGUAGCCAAGAGCCUCGGUUCAAUCAAUACAAAGUGGAUAGUUUGGGUUUGGGCAGUGAUUGACCAGGACUAAAUUGUUGAUAUGGAUGUGAAUGUGGAUUAUUCAUAUAGCUUACCAAAUAUUUUAGGCAAUGUGUCGACAGCGGCAACUUUGCGCGCUGAAGCAAGAUUGUCGUCAGAUGUACGUCUAAUUGGUUGGAAUGUGCCACCUGAGGAGAUUCGUCACAUACCGGAUCAUUGGUUGAAGUACCCGGAACCGCCAGCGCAUUACCACUACUUGCUUGGUACGUUGUACAUCAUUUUCACAACUAUAUCAAUGUGUGGCAAUGGUGUUGUCGUCUAUGUUUUCUCUGCUGCCAAAUCGCUGCGUACACCUUCCAACAUAUUCGUUAUCAAUUUGGCUAUAUGCGAUUUCUUCAUGAUGAUGAAGACACCUGUGUUCAUCUACAAUAGUUUUCAUAGAGGUUUCGAGUUGGGCAAUUUCGGUUGUCAAGUGUAUGGCAUACUUGGCGCCUUCACAGGCAUCGGUGCGUCCACAACGAAUGCGUUGAUCGCUUACGAUCGCUACAACGUCAUCACGAAGCCGAUGGAGGGCAAAAUGACACACGGCAAGGCGGUCAUGAUGGUUUUGUCUGUAUACAUCUAUGCUCUACCGUUUGUGAUUGGAUGUGUUACUGAGACCUGGGGUAAAUUUGUACCAGGAACUGUGGACUUACGUCAUACUCAUUCGCUGCAUCCAGUCCGUCGUCGUCAAGAGAAUUACAACGAGAGAAACAUGCUGCCUCGCUGCAAUGCCAGCCUGGAGCCUGUACUGCGACCACAAGCGCGUGUCUCGAAUGAGCUACAGUUUCUGGGCUGGAAUGUGCCGCCCGAUCAGAUACAAUAUAUACCCGAGCAUUGGCUCACCCAGUUAGAACCGCCAGCAUCCAUGCACUACAUGCUCGCUAUACUCUACACAUUCCUCUUCUUUGCCUCGACCAUCGGUAAUGGACUAGUGCUGUGGGUUUUCAUGAGCGCAAAGUCCCUACGCACGCCAUCCAAUAUAUUCGUUUUGAAUUUGGCUUUCCUAGAUUUCAUUAUGUGCGCCAAAGCGCCGAUAUUCAUCUACAAUAGUUUCCAUCGUGGUUUCGCGCUCGGCAAUACAUGGUGUCAAAUUUUUGCCGCCAUCGGCUCAUAUUCUGGCAUUGGUGCGGGUAUGUUGAAUGCGGCUAUCGGCUACGACCGUUACAACGUCAUUACGAAGCCAAUGAACCGUUCAAUGACCAUGACCAAAGCUAUCAUAAUGAAUCUCCUGAUAUGGGUGUACUGUACUCCGUGGGUUAUUAUGCCACUGACUGGCUUUUGGGAUCGUUUUGUGCCAGGUAUGUGAAUG